AUGCAGGAAAACAACAAUACCCAUACACCAUUCUACAGCAUGAUGUUUAUCAUUAUGACAAUACCACUCUUGUUCCUCCUCUUCCGCAGGAUCAGAGCUGGAUAUCUUGAAUUCCUCUCCCUGGGACCAGGAGGGACACCCUCUACUCCCAUGGGAUACCUCCGGAUAUGCGUCUUAAGCAUUUUCACACUCAGAAACGCUUUAAAACCACCCCGUGUACCAGAGACAUUGAACCCACAAACUGGAAUCAUGAAAUACCUUCCCACUCGCUUUGGACCUCGUCCACAGGUUGCCGGAAUUAUUCCUCACAGACAGGUAUCCCAACAAGCGACGCCGUUCAUGUACGCUGCUCUGCGAGAGGAGAUUAAAAAGAUAGCUCUUAGCAAUCCGGACCGGCUCUACGAGGGUACGUCAUGUUUCGAAAAACAUAGCACCGGCCUGUUCACGCCCCUCGACUUGCCCAACAGGGUAACCUGCAAUGGAGAAGUUUGUCACGCCCACCCCAUUGAUGGGAGCAUUCAUAUGACUCUCCACCCGGCGGAUGUGAAAUUUGUCAUUGAACGAGGUUGGGGCGAGCGUCAUCCACUUGCCCGAGAUAGCUGGUGGUGGAUAUUUCGACUAGUACCGACGGGGUUCGUUAUGAUAUAUGCUCCCCGGACGCUAGAGGAGUUGGACAGCGUGGUUAAGAUUAUCCAUGCUGCCUCUUGGUGGGUGAACGGGAUAGAGCCUCGCUGGUUGACUCCUAAAAAACCCGCCAAAUGUGGAAUUGAUGGGGGAGCGAGCUUUGUCAAUACUCAAGUAACUGUCAUGAAUUGA